AUGAAUGGAUUGCUGGCUCCCACUGGCUUCGGUCGCCUGCGGGUCCUUGUCGAGGUCUGCAUCUACUCCAUGCUCGGUUUCGUCGCCGACAUCUCCUACGAUGUUCUCCGUGCUCUGCGCAUAAUUGCGCCUAUGCGACCUGCCGCAGAUUACCAGCCGUCAAGCAUCGACGAUUGGACAGACGAACAGCUCAUAGACCUGCAUGUGAACGGCAGCGAGGAACGUGCUAGAUUGCCACCGCUGCACGUAAACCCGGACCCCAAGUUUGUCAACGUGUGGCCCUUGACGGAGGACACCGUCUGCAAGCGGGAUAAUCACGUUCCACAUGAUGGACCAUCUCCUGAGGCUACCGCCCUCGAUAUCGUCUUCCGGGCCACCACCAUACCUGUCCCACGCGUCCGCCGCACUCUGCACCUGUCGGACGAAUUGGUGGAUGAGACCUUUACCGUCAUGGAUCGCAUCCCAGGACGCCCUCUUGAACAAGUAUGGCCUACGCUCUCUCUCUUGGGCAAGCUGAGAAUCGCCUGCAUCCUCCGAAGCUAUAUCCGCCAGUUGCGCGCGAUCCGCCACCCUCGCGCCUUCAUUCCAGAACUGAUGUUCAAAGGCGCGCUCGAUAGGUAUGUGACGCCUUGGGAGAACGUGUCCCAGUUCGUCGCAUGGUUCGUUGAGCGCUACGAGCGCUCGCAGAGCUACUUCCCUGAGGUACACAAAGGGACGACGAUGGAACCGUUGGACGUCACGGGUCCAUUGGUGCUCACGCAUUGCGACAUCGCCAUGCGCAACGUGAUGAUGGGUGACGACGGGCGGGUGUACCUCAUCGACUGGGAGUAUGCCGGAUUUUAUCCGCGGUGGGUGGAGUAUGUGAACUUGAGGAACUGGAUACGCAUGAUGAGCUGGGGUGGGAUGUCGACGAGCGUGGACACGACGGACAAGCUUUGGCAUAUGUUGAUCCCCUUCAUGACGAUGGGCCCGUACCCUAAGCAGGAGCUGUGGUUCGAGCGCGCCCGCUAUGGGAUAGAUAAUUAG